CGAUGGCCGCAGACGAAGGAGGCGGAGAACAGGAGAACAACAUGGGGAACCACUUGCAGCUCAUUCCUGCAGAGAGUGAUGAAGAGGAUGAUGUUGAAAUGGACGUUGAAGAUCAAGACAGCAAGGAUGCUGAAAAGCCAAACAUUAAUUUUGAUACUAGUCUUCCAACAUCACACAUGUAUUUAGGGUCUGAUAUGGAAGAGUUUCAUGGGAGAACUGUUCAUGAUGAUGACAGUUGCCAGAUGAUUCCGGUCUUGCCUCAUGUGAUGGUGAUGUUGAUUCCUGGACAGACAUUGCCUCUGCAGCUCUUUCACCCCCAAGAGGUCAGCAUGGUGCGGAAUUUGAUACAGAAAGACAGAACCUUUGCUGUUCUUGCAUACAGCAAUAUACUUGAAAGGGAAGCACAUUUUGGAACGACUGCUGAAAUUUAUGCCUACCGUGAAGAACGGGAGUAUGGAAUUGAAACAGUUAAAGUAAAAGCUAUAGGAAGACAGAGGUUCAAAGUGCUCGAAAUAAGAACUCAGUCAGAUGGAAUCCAGCAGGCAAAAGUACAAAUCCUUCCUGAGCGAGUAUUGCCUUCAACGAUGUUGGCAGUGCAGCUGGAGUCUCGCAGCAGAUGCCACCUAUUUCCUUCUUCCAAGCCUACAGCAUGGCAGGAUCAACAUGUACAUCAAUGGCGGCAGAAAUAUCAAAAGAGGAAGUUCCACUGUGCUAGUCUGACUUCAUGGCCAUCUUGGCUGUAUUCCUUAUAUGAUGCUGAAACCUUGAUGGAAAGAGUCAAGCAGCAGCUGCAUGAGUGGGAUGAAAAUCUUAAAGACGAAUCACUUCCAUCAAAUCCAAUAGAUUUUUCCUAUAGGGUUGCAGCUUGUCUGCCCAUUGAUGAUGCAUUACGAAUUCAGCUCCUUAAAAUUGGAAGUGCUAUUCAGCGACUUCGAUGUGAGCUUGAUAUUAUGAACAAAUGUACAUCCCUAUGUUGUAAGGAUUGUCAGGACACAGAAAUAACAACAAAAAAUGAAAUAUUCAGUCUAUCCUUGUGUGGACCCAUGGCUGCAUACGUGAAUCCACACGGCUACGUGCAUGAGACCCUUACUGUGUACAAAGCCUGCAACCUGAAUCUGAGUGGCAGAUCUUCCACAGAGCACAGCUGGUUUCCUGGGUACGCAUGGACGAUAGCCCAGUGUAGGAUCUGCAGAAGCCAUAUAGGUUGGAAGUUUACUGCAACGAGGAAGGAUAUGUCACCUCAACGGUUCUGGGGACUGACCCGUUCUGCCCUGCUGCCAAGGAUUCCAGAAACAGAGAAUGAUUCGGGUCAAGAAAGAACACCAUUGCUUUGCCUGUGACACCGUAUUUUUGGAUGGACUAGAAGCAGUUGAGGUCUCUUAAACGAAUCUGCUAUGUGCUGCAUAUGUUUGAUUGUAUAUUUAAAAAACAGUAUAUUUGAGCUUCAGCCAAGGAAAGGUACUAUUGUUUCCAAAGUGAAUGAAAGGUUUAAUAUUUGAAUCUGGACUUCCGGAUGAAAAAGUGCUAAAUGUGAGAGAGCACAAGAAAAGUAGACUGCUUUCAAAAUCUGGCAGAGCUUGAGGAUUGUACAGUUUAUACCUGUCCUGUAAUUAUGUAAGAAGACACAAACUGCUUUUGAGGAGAUAAAACUGUCUAAAAAACUUCUUGAUUAGGAGUGAAGACGAUGUGUAAUUCAGCUUGUGUAUAAUGAUAGGCAUAUGUUAUUGCCCACUGUUCUAAGAUAUUUACUUAUAGAAUGUUGUGAAUGUAUAAGAAUCCCAAUUUUCUUACAGUGUGGAAUAGCUUAUAGGCAUUAGGGUGUUUUGCUUGAAUAAGCCUUAAAUGAUGAUGAGGUCUGACUGUCCUGUAGGGGCUGAUGGGGUUGUAAUACCCAAGUUAAAAAGGAUGUUGCUUGAAAAGCAAGUGCUGAAACCUGCUGCUAAAAGAGCUAUUACAUGCAAUUCCUUUGUAAAGAAUCCCUAUAGAAUUGUACUGUUCUUGUUUUAUCCUUUUAUCCGAUUCCACUAGGUUGACAUGUUUUGACCUAUUAAUUUUUUUUAGAAGAAACAGAACUGCUCUUUAUCUAAGACCCCCCCCAAAAAAAGUAUGUGGCUUUCUUUCUUAAAGCCUUCAGUGUCUUUAAGUCAGUCAUAGAAUAUUCAAAUCCUCUGAGACAUCGUGUGUCUUUGUGUACACGCUUAAGAUUCUGUGGAGCCCUUGGCAGAGCUCGUUGCUCAGUUACAUAUGUAGGUUUGGCAUUGGGAGGAAGCAGCUAUCUUGAACUGCCUUUUAACAGUGUCUGUCCAUGCUAUGGAAAAGGGUGCCAGAAAUAGGAUUGCAAUUUUCUGCUGUUUUGUUUUGUUUUCCCAGAAUGCACUUUGACAAGCAGUGUUUGUAAAUGGCAGCUCUUUCUUACACACACACACACACACACACACACACACACACACACAC